UGAUUGGAUCUCCUCAUUCAUCGUCUCCUUGUUAGAGAAUAAUCCUCUUGGAUCGGCCCUCUUUUUGGAAGAGAAUCACGGCAUCAGGGAUGAGCACAAGCAGGUUACUCACAACUUUAUUCUGGAUGUCGGAUGGGAAUAACGUGACCGAGGACUGGACCCAGGGCUUGGUCCUGCAGCCAGCCUGGGACUACCUCCACAAGAACCACCAUGACCUCUUAAGGAGUCCGCUCUUCCCUGUCGUCCUCUCCGUCUCAACCUACUUUGUCCUGGUUGGUCUUUACACCAUCCUGGACUUGCUUGCACCCACUUGGCCUUGCAUCAACCGUUACAGGCUUCACCCUGAGCGCCCUGUCACCUGGCCUAACAUCUGGACGACCCUAGGUGUCACCAUCUACAACCACGUCUUCUACAUCUUCCCUUCUGCGGUUGCUCAGUGGAUGUGGAGGCCACCCACACCGCUUCCUGCAGAGGCUCCCACUCUCUGGAGCUUCUUCCUUGGGAUCAUCGGCUGCAUGGUGGUCUUCGACUUCCAGUAUUACCUUUGGCACUUGCUGCACCAUCGCAUUCCAUGGCUUUACCGCACCUUCCACGCUGUGCACCACCAGUACAACCAGCCCUUCAGCCUCGUCACCCAGUAUCUCUCCGGCUGGGAGUUGUUCAGCGUUGGAUUCUGGACUACGGUUGACCCCAUCCUGCUCCAGUGCCACUGCCUCACCACGUGGAGCUUCAUGGUCUUUAAUAUCUACGUCUCCACCGAGGACCACUGCGGCUACAACUUCCCCUGGGCUUUGCACAACCUGGUGCCCUUUGGCCUCUGGGGUGGCGCCCCAAAGCACGACACGCACCACCAGCGGCCCGGCACUAACUUUGCCCCUUUCUUCUCUCACUGGGACUGGCUGGGGGGCACCAAUGUCGUGCCAGCAAUCUCGAGCCACGCUGCUGCAGCGACGGGAGAGGAAGAGAUGAAAGGGAGGAAAGACUAAAGAGCUCGAGUUAAUCUCUCAUUGACUCGUUUACUCAAACUGCCUCUUUUGUGCCCGCCCUCAUUCCAGCACGCUUGUUUUUUCUC